GAAAGAAACAAACUAUAAGCAUUCUCUAGCUACUUAGUUACAAUACCAUGGGAACUUCCAGUUUAUUUGUACUGUUGGCUGUUGUCAGUUUGUGGUGUUUUACAGCAAGAACGGCUUUUUCACAGCCUAAUCGUCAAGUGCCAUGCCUUUUCAUAUUCGGGGAUUCUUUAGUUGAUAAUGGCAACAACAACGGUAUACUCACUCUGGCCAGGGCAAAUUACAUGCCUUAUGGCAUAGAUUUUCCCCAGGGCGCCACUGGACGUUUCACCAAUGGUCGUACUUUUGUCGAUAUUUUAGCUCAAUUAUUAGGCUUCCCAAACUACAUUCCACCCUAUGCCAGAGCUCGUGGGCGAGAAUUACUUCAGGGAGCAAAUUAUGCAUCGGGAGCUUCUGGAAUUAGAGAUGAAACUGGAAACAAUUUGGGGGAUCACAUGUCAAUGAACCAGCAGGUCGACAGUUUUGGCAUGACUGUCCAGCAGUUGAGGAGGUACUUCAGAGGAGAUGUUAAUGCACUUGGCACCUAUCUCAGAAAGUGCAUAUUUUACUCCGGACUGGGAAGCAACGACUAUCUCAACAAUUAUUUCAUGCGUGAUUAUUAUUCAACUAGUUCUCAAUACACUUCACAGGCUUACGCUGCUUCCCUUAUCCAGGAUUAUUCGAGACAACUAACAGCAUUGUACAACUUGGGAGCACGAAAAGUGAUCGUGACUGGGGUUGGACAAAUAGGGUGCAUACCUUAUCAGCUAGCCAGAUAUAACGGUAGUGGCAGCAGGUGCAAUGAAGAGAUAAACAGUGCUAUUGUCCUAUUCAACACUGCCCUCAAAAGAUUGGUAGAUAGAUUUAACAAGGGUCAGCUUCCUGGGGCGAAAUUCGUGUAUCUGGAUUCAUUUCAAAGCAGCCAAGACCUUGUCCAAAAUGCAAGAGCAUACGGAUUUGAAGUGGUGGACAAGGGAUGCUGUGGGGUGGGAAGAAAUAAUGGGCAGAUAACAUGCCUUCCUCUUCAGACGCCAUGUGAUGAUCGCCGCAAGUACUUGUUCUGGGAUGCAUUUCAUCCCACUGAAGUUGCUAACAUUUUGCUUGCCAAGAAAGCAUACAGUUCUAAGUCUAAAUCAUAUGCUUAUCCUAUUAACAUACAGCAGUUAGUCAUGCUCUAGGUUUCAAACAUAAAUCAGCGGUCUGUAAUUUUCACUUUUUCUUUUUGUAAUUCCUAUUUGUUCUAGUGGCUCCAAUAUUUUCACUCUUCCAAUACCCGUAAGCUUUGCCAUUGAUGGAGUUAAUAAUGGACCACAACUAUGUCAUCAUCUUUAAGGCAAUGUUGAACUAAUAAGUAAAGGACAAUCGCCACAAACAAAAUUCCCCAAGGA